AUGGAUUGCUUGCCACGCAGCAAAUCAUCACUUAGCACUUUUAUGUUUAAGAAAAGACAACAACAUACUAAGUAUAUUAACACUUUCGGAGGUGGCACAGUCUGGAACGGUUCAAGAGUCAUCAACCCCAAUCACUGCGUUGAAGAAUGGAUAGAUGACCGUGUCAACCUUAUACUGUACGAACGCUUUUUCAACUGGGAGAUAGCUGCAGGCAACUAUUUGGUGCUUCUUUCUGGAUAUUGUCACCUUUGGAAAUCAGAAGUGGUGAGAAACUCAGAGUUUGGUAUGAAGUUCCUCGAUGAGUGGGCCAAUUCCGAAUUUUCGCUACCUGAUUCUUGGCACGGGUACGAUCAAGGACCUUUGAUGUUGCUUCUCUUGAAACUGUUAAUCCCCGAAAGUACUCUUGAGUAUAAGGCAUGCGAGAGGUAUUGGAAGAAUGCCAGCAGCUAUGCAACAUAUAUGGCUAUG